CAAGAGACACUAAAACGGGAUGUUGGAGGCUGUUGUGCGUCUGACGACCACGCAGCCUGCGUUGGGAGGUGUUUAGCUGUUCGUGUCAUCUGAGAACGGAAUCAGAGGAGAUAUUUUCACGCGUUUUAGUCACCAGAUGAAGAGUCGCGACACAAUCCUGAGUCUGUUGCUUGUUGUCUCGAUGCUCCGGCUUUAGUGUAGAUGCGCGUCCCAUAGAAGAGAGCAGAAGAGGAGGAGGAGGGAUCAUGAACACACCGCCGAGGAGGAGGAGGAUGGCUCUCCGCUCGCAUAACGGUGUCGCUCGGGCUGAGAACACGGCUUUCUCUGCGUCAUUCUGACUUUACAUAACGCGUAUUGGUCCCAUUACUGAACCCGUCGCAUUUAAACGCGUAUCCAGAUGGGUGUUCGGGGGUCGAGUGGUUGUAGGCCUGAUGUACGGCACUCGGAUCCCCAGACCGGGGCCGUGUUGUGCUAGCUAACGCUGCUCCUGCUAAUGCCGCUGCACAGAGUCAGUCUCGGGCUCUCAUCAGCGACAUACCGCUUCAUAACGGACACACAGACACUAACAGCCGGCUCGUGAGAUGUAAACACGGCUGUUAUAGUAUCUACAGCGUGGACUUUAACUGCCCGACGGAAAGCAAAUGUGUCCAAACGGCAUCUGAACAGCGUUUCUGUAGCCGCACAGCUCGAGCUCAAACUGCUACUCAGAAUCACUCGCACUUUCAGGGACAAAUUUCCCCCCAUCCGCAGUUUCACCUCGACACAAACUGAGAUGGAUAAACUGACCAUAAUUUCAGGAUGUCUCUUUCUGGCUGCGGAUAUAUUUGCCAUAGCAAGCGUCGCAAACCCGGACUGGAUAAACACUGGCGAAUCUGCGGGUGCUCUGACUGUGGGUUUGGUGAGGCAGUGUCAGACCAUCCACGGACGAGACAGAACCUGCAUCCCGCCCCGAUUGCCGCCGGAGUGGGUGACCACGCUGUUCUUCAUCAUCAUGGGCAUCAUCUCCCUCACGGUUACCUGCGGCCUACUAGUGGCAUCACACUGGCGCCGAGAAGCCACGAAGUAUGCACGGUGGAUAGCCUUCACAGGAAUGAUUUUGUUCUGCAUGGCAGCUCUUAUCUUCCCCAUCGGCUUCUACAUUAACGAAGUGGGCGGCCAGCCGUACAAGCUGCCCAACAACACGGUGGUGGGCUCGUCCUACGUGCUCUUCGUGCUCUCCAUCUUCUUCACAAUAGUGGGGCUGCUGUUUGCAGGAAAGGUCUGCCUGCCUGGCUGAGGAUGCCUCUUCUUCCAAGGAUCGUCCAGAAGCUUUUGGAUUUUUCUUUUUUCUUUUUUUUUCUUCCAAAGAGGAACAAACAAAACAGCAGUGUUAGCUGUGGAGGAGACGUGUUCGCAAAGUGGGACGGUGACACUCAGAUUAGCAGAUUAACAGCUAACUCACAUAAUGCCACUGCACUCACUCAUGGGUCCUCGUGGGUCCUGUCAGUUUCCCCCAGAAACCAACCUGAGCUUAUUUGUCGAAUCAGUUUUUACGUUCAGAUGCACUUCCGAUUUUUUUAUUUUUUUUUGUCCAACGCGCGACCCACGAGCCUCUGAGGGGAUCGCAUGCCUGUGUUCCAGGUGAUUCACGCGCUCACACUGAUGACCUCAUGCUUAUCAUCCCUUAUGAGAAUUCUUUUUCAGUUACUUUAAUUUUACUCCAGCAUUGUACAGUUUUGUAUGGAUACAACGUUUGCUUUCGCUAAAAGGAAGACUCGAGGCUCCAGAACGCCUUCGUUGGUCCCUCACUGUGCUCCUGAACUAAGGAUGAUAAGGGAUUUGUGAGCAUAUGUGAGAGAGCUCGGUGGAAGACACGUUUUGUUAGGAAAACUACAGGAAACGGAAGCACUAGGACUGCCGGUCAGGACCCUGUGAGGCCGUGCCUCAUUGUGCUAACUCCCUCACCUGAGAGACUUGUCACACACACGCGCACACACACACACACACACACCCACAUAGACACACUAGGUCUGGUGACCAAAAUGAACUGCUACAUGCCCUUGUAUGUGUCUUGGGCUCCAUCAGGUCAGUGUUUGAGAGAGAUCUGUUUUGCCCUUUAACCUAAUUACUUUAUUCCCCUCAUCUUGAUUUGCUCUUCUGACACUCGGGAUAUGUUCGGUGUUAUUCGCUAACGUGCCACGAAUCUGUUCCCACCAUAUAAGUAGUAGGGCGGACGCAGUUAGAGGGAGGACCCUGCAUUAAAGCCAUCAGUAUUUGAAACACCGCAGUUGUACAGAUAAAGAAAAGAGAGACCUCUUUACCUCAUUGUUUUUUGUAAGACAAGACUUUUUGUUCUUUUUCCUUUGCUAACCAUGAUGUGUGCCCUGUAAGUUAUAUCUUGCUUUGGUCAAAGACAUUUAUCGAGAACAAAAAAAAAAAUGCUGUGAUCAUUGCAACUUAUUUAUCUGACACUGAAUAACAGGAGAACAAGAAUGUGUGAGUGACAUCCUUUCUUUUUGAAGUAUUCCUUAUUUUAAAUCAGUGUAUCAUGCAAGAGUGUAUAUUUACAAGGACUUGGAAUCUGUAUUAUUUUGCUCUUUCUAUGAAUUGAAGGUCAGUUUUCUCCUUAGGAGAGAUUGCUCUGUAUGAAAUCUGUCGCUCUUGUUUAUUUGACCCAGCGUCCGUCCCAGAAAAGAAUUACUCAACAAGUGAACAGUUGCCUUUAGUCGUGUUCUUUUAACCGUUUUACACACACAAAGCCGAAAAAGUAUUCAUCUAUACUUUGCGCUUCAAACCCAGGUAGAGGAGUAUGUAUCCUGUUUAUAUGAUAUAAACUCCAGUUUGUUAUAGGAAUGAUUGAAUAAUAAAUGACAGGGUAUGUGUGGGUGGGUGUGUUUAGGGGGUGUGUGUCUGUGUGUGUUAGGGUGUGUGUGCUUGGGGGUGUGUGUGGGGUGUGUGUGUGUGUGUGUGUGUGUGUGUACUUGGGUGUGUGUAUACUUGGGUGUGCACAUGCUUGGAGGGGUGUGUGUGUGUGUGUGUUUGUGCAAGUUAGAGACAACCAGUAGUGGAAGACAUCCAGCUUUGGAUUUAGGGGGGAAAACUUCUAAAUGGAAAUAAAAACAAAUAAGUGACUUUAAAUAAAAGUUAAGGAAUAGAUAUUAUUUAUGAAUACAGACAUACAGAUUAUGUAUGAAUAACAGUAUUAUCUAUGAAAGGAUAUUAGCAUUCCUUGUGCACAGUUACUGUUAACAGCUCCAUAUUACUGACAAGGCAAUUGUUUUUUUUUCCUUCUGCUUCACUAUUUCACUGUAUAAAAUAAAAGGCCUUAAAAAAGCCUUAAUGACUGCUAUUAA